AUGGCUCCCAGAGGCGAGAUCCCGCCCAACUCGUCCGUCACCGCGGCGUCCGGCCGAGGCGAGACCGGUGCAGCGCCCGACCUGCGUCUCAUGCACUACAACGACGUCUACCAUGUCGAUCCCGCCAGUGCCGAGCCCGUUGGCGGCCUCGCCCGCUUCAUGCACCUGUGCCAGCACUACCGCCACGCCGAGCAGUUCAAGGGCCAGUCCGAGCUGCUGACCUUCUUCUCCGGCGAUGCCUUCAAUCCCAGUCUCGAGAGCAGUGUGACCAAGGGGAGACACAUGGUGGAUGCCCUCAACACAAUUGGCACCGACUGUGCCUGCGUGGGUAACCACGACUUUGAUUUCGGCGUCAAGCAGUUCCAGUACCUCUCCGAAAAGACCAACUUCCCGUGGCUCCUUGCCAACGUCCUCGAUCCCGCCCUCGGCGAGAACGUGCCCCUCGGAAACGCGAAGCGAACCCACAUGAUGACCUCGUCCAACGGCAUCAAGAUCGGCCUCAUUGGCCUCGGCGAGCGAGAGUGGCUCGAGACCAUCAACAGCCUGCCCCCGAACCUCAUCUACAGGUCCGCCAGCGAGACGGCGCUCGAGCUGGUCCCCGAGCUGCGGGCCCAGGGCGCCGAGAUCGUCAUCUGCAUCAGCCACCAGCGCGAGCCCAACGACAACAAGCUGGCCGAGAAGACGGGCGGCAUCAUGGACAUCAUCCUCGGCGGCCACGACCACUACUACUCGUACACCUUCAUCAAGGGCACGCACGUCCUGCGGUCGGGCACCGAUUUCAAACAACUGAGCUACAUCGAGGCGUGGAGGAAGGAGGACGGGUCCGGCGGCUGGGACUUCGACAUCACGCGGAGGGACGUCACCUCGGAGAUCCCCGAGCACGAGGAGACGGUCCUGCUGGUGGACGAGCUGACGUCCAAGCUGCAGCACUCGCUCGCCAAGGCGGUCGGCUGGACCGCCACGCCGCUCGAUGCGCGGUUCAGCACCGUGCGCAUGAAGGAGUCCAACAUUGGCAACUUCGUCUGCGACGUCAUGAGGCAGCACCACGAGGCCGACUGCGCCAUCAUGGCUUCGGGCACGAUCCGCGGCGACCAGGUCUACCCUCCCGGUGCGCUGCGCAUCAAGGACAUCGUCACCUGCUUUCCCUUUGAGGAUCCCGUCGUCCUGCUCGUUGUGACUGGCCAGGCCAUCUGGGACGCGUUGGAGAACGGCGUCAGCCAGUACCCUGCCUUGGAGGGCCGGUUCCCCCAGGUGUCCAACAUCCACUACGAGUUCGACCCUCGCAGGGAGACCCGGAAGCGCAUCUUGUCGGUCAAGAUUGGCGGCGAGCCGUGUGACAUGGAGAGAAAGUACAAGCUUGUGACGAGAGGAUACAUGGGACGUGGAAAGGACGGAUUCACAUCACUUCUCGUCAAGUCCGAGGGCGGCGAGGCCGAGGAGAUCAUCGACGAGGAGAACGGGAUUCUCAUCUCGGCGAUGCUGCGCCAGUACUUCAUGGGUCUGCGGACGGUGGGCCAGUGGACGAACCUGGCGAGCCACUGGCGAAAGGUUGCCGAUAACUGCGGCACGCCGCUGUCGCCCGUCCUCCCGUCCUCCCCGAUUGAAAACCCGGGGAGGGCGAGGCGGAACACCCUCGAGCGUCUGUACAGCGAGGAGACGUCCCUCGAGUGGAUCGGGUUCCUGCACUCGCGUAUCGGGUUGCAGCGGGCCCCCAUCAACGACGAUGUUAGUGACACCGAGAGCGAGAAUGGGGUGGAGGAUGUCCAGAACGGUGAGGGCCUGCCGACGGUGGACGACGACAAGAUGGAGAUUGAGCUGCUGCUGAUGCGCAAGUUCGCGACGAGGUGGGUGAUGAAGACGGGGUUGAAGACCAAGGUGUGUGACCCCAUGAGCGAGGCCGAGGCAUCGGUGGACUGGACGAGGACGAUUGCGCCAGUGGUCGAGGGACGGAUCAAGAUGGUGCAGUGA